AUGGAACUGGAUUUCAGCAGCACCGUCCAGAUGAGAAAGCAACAGCCCAAGAAAAGGAGCCAAUUGGGGAGAACUUCAACCCAAAAGGAAAAAUCCAAUAGUGUUCCAGCUUCGCCUACAAACACUAAAUCUUCCAACGUGUUGCCUACUACGGCCCAGCAAGAAACGCCUGGCACAUUCAGACAGGAUAAGGGAAAACAUAUUCUGCCGCUUAUUACGCCCCGGCAAGAUGACCACGAGCGGGCAAAGGAAACCCCCGGCACACUCCGGCGGGAUAAGGGGAAACACCUACAGGAAUUGUCAUCAAAGGAGACAGUUGAUGACAUGAAAGUGAUUGAAGCUCGCUGGCUCAAUGAGGAAGUUCUGCUCCCCCGAUCUCGUGCAGCCGGAUAUAUUUCUGUGACCGAGAAAACCGAGGAGGGGCUAAAAAUCGAGUUUGAUAUAGUCCAGUGUGCUGAGGAAGGCGACCCUGUCAUGCGGCCUGCUUUGGGUGAGCCCGCGAUGAGUACUGUAUACCUGAAUGAACAUUGUCCUCUUGACGGCCCUGAGGAAGUCUUCCGGGCUUUCCUUGCCGCGUGCAUUAAGUUUCUCCCUGUUGUUUAA